UUAUUGAGAAGGGCAGUUAUUAUACCAUCCAGCUGAGUGACAGGACUCAUGCGUCCCUGCACCAGCUAUCAAGGGAGACCAAGGCACAGCUUCCCUGAUCAAUAUGCCCUAUAAUAACUAGAAUAGUAGACAAAGAUACCUUCUUUAUAACAUGUGCGAGCAGGGCCAUAGGACGGGCAGGGAGAAGCUGCCCACAAGGGAUGCCGAGGAAGGCGAGGCAGCCUGGGCCCCAAGGCGGGGAGGAACUAUGUGGGAAUGGGGGGAAAGCUGGGGAGGUGAUGCCCUCGCUCUGAGGUGGUCCAGGAAGGUCCUGAGAGGAGGGAAGCGGCUGCUGGGGGGCUGGCCUCGAGAGGGGGUGUUAGAAAGGCUGUGGGGACUAAGAACCUUAAUCUCUGGGGUGGAAGGUGACUUGGCCAAGGUAACCCAGGGAGGGAAAGAAAUGAGGUCCAGGCGGAGAGGAGGAGGACAGAAGCUCCUCGGGAAGGAGGCUGGAAAGGAUGAUGUCUUAGCCCCCAGGAAAGGAGAGCCCAGCAAAAGGGCAGGCUGGAAGUGGGGGAAGCCAGCGGGGCACAGAGGGCCGGGAGCUUGGGCUCCAAGCGCGCCCUGGCGGCCGCUGCCGAGAUUGCACGCUGAGCAGCCACACCUGGCUUCCCCCUGACCCCAAGAAGCUCUCUGGGGCAGCUCUGGGAAUGCGGGUGGCUCCGAGAGGGCCAGCCUCCAGAGAAGGUUCCCGGAGGCUUUGGAGGCUUCCCUCCGCCGGUCAGCUACCCACCGGGCUUUCUUUGGGAGGGAGAGAGCGAGCCCCGAAGGAAAAGGAGUCUGGAAAUCGGGGGACCCGGUCCAGAGCCCCUCAGCUCGACCAGGAUGCCGCGUCUGCCCCAGGAAGGGCGGGCGGAGUCCCGCAGAUCAAAGCCACCCUCAGGAUGCCAUACCCAACCCUCUGGGCUCUCCACCCUCGGCCGCAGGGACUCUCUUAUUUUUAGCCCCUGCGGCGGCGGCGCCUUUCUCAGCUUCCCUUGGCUCUGGCAGGGCAGGAAAAUGAAGAGGAAAAGAAAAAGCAGCCAAUUAGAGGGCGGCUGGUGGGGCCGAAGUCUCUAGCCAGAAGGGACCUCCAGCGGGAGGCACAUCAGAUGGCACCAGCUUGGCCUUGAUCUCCUGCUGGGCUUUGGGUGGUGUCAGCCUGGUGGCCCAUGAAGACCUCUGAGGGGUGCCUCCCUCUAAGGAGAACUGGGGUGGGGGGAGGCACGCUGGGUGGCCCAGUGGAUAGAGCCAUGGCUUUCAGUCUGGCCUCAGAAAUGCCUAGCUGUGUGACCCUGGGCAAGUCCUUUCAGCUUUGGACCCCCUGUUUAGCAGCCAUUCUAAGGCAGAAGAUAAGGGUUAAGGAAGCUAAACUGGGAGCCCCAUCCUGUCCCAGGGAGCAGCCACUUUCUGCUGCCCCCCUUGGGCUCGCUAGGGGGAGGGGGUCCAGGGGAGUGUGCUUCAGCGCCUGGGGGGGGAUCUCAUUGGUCGGACUCCCAGAAGCCUCCCCUAAAUGGCCGAGAUCCCCAGGAGCCCCUGGGAAGGGGAGCAGAUGGAGCUGAAGGAGGACGGGAUCUCUUGGGGGUGGGGAAGAGUCCCCCUCCCUUCUGGGGGGGGAAAGCUAGAGAGAGGGAGGUAGGCCUUUGGGGGGGGUGUCCGAAGGGCCAGCUCCUAUUGGUUCUUGGGGUGAGCAAGCCGCCAGGGGAUACGGGCCGAGUUUCCUCCAGGGAAGUUUCUCCCCCUCCCCCACCCAAGAGAUGUCUCGGGGAGAGGCAGAGAGGGACGUGCUGGGUGACCCCCGCCGCUGCUGUCUGGGCAGAGGGUGGUCCCUCCCCGUGCCCGGGGGAGGACGGUGUGGUUUGUGGCUCUGCGCGGCCGCCAGCUGCCGGUGGGCGGGCACGGGGCCGCUCUGGGCUUGGUCCCUGCGGCCCCCCGCGCUCCAGCGCCAGCCUGUCAUUUGUCGGUCUACCCAGAGGCCCGCGGGGCUUGGCCGGGCCUUAUAAAGGCCGGGCCGCCCCCCUCCCUGAGCCGCGCUGCCGGAGCUCAUCGGGGAGAUACGGGCCUCGAACCCAUGGACACGUCGUACCCCCGCGGGGAGCCCCUGCCCAUGACGCCUCGAGGCCCCGAGCCCGGCGCGGCCACCGUGAUCCCCGUGGGGCCGCCGCGCCCCCCGAGGGACCACUUGGUCUGGUCCGUCUUCAACACCCUCUACUUGAACCUGUGCUGCCUGGGCUUCCUGGCGCUGGCCUAUUCCAUCAAGGCCCGGGACCAGAAGGUGGCUGGAGACCUGGAAGCGGCGCAGCGUUUCGGCUCCAAGGCCAAGUGCUACAACAUCCUGGCCACGGUGUGGACGCUGCUGCUGCCCCUGCUGCUCGUGGCGCUGGUGGUGACGGGAGCCCUGCACCUAUCCCGCCUGGCUCAGGGCUCCAUGAGCUACUUCAGCGUCAAGUUCCACGAUGCGGAUUAUGACUGAGCCUGCGCCGCCCCCCCCCCCAGCCGUCCAGUCCUCGC